CCUUCUUCAGCCUUUGUUUGUGGUCGAUGGCGGAGCAGCAGUUGUUCAGUGUGUGUGGCGUGGCGAAAACCUCGAAAAUGUUGCUGAACAAAUAAUGAAUAAUUGAACGAAAGUUUUUCCUGUGAGAGUUCCAACGUUUUGCGCUGCUUCCUUAGGAUAGAGUUUUGAGUUUUAUAGCCAGUCAAAGAUCAAAGAAUCAAGAUGACGGUAUUUGGAAUGGUGUCCGCCGUUGCGGGCUUUAUCAAGAUCCGCUAUCUCGUCGACAAGGCGAAUAUUGACAACAUGGUGUUCCGGGCCCACUACCGGGUCACGUCCGCCAUCCUCUUUCUCGCCUGCAUCAUCGUCACCGCCAACAACCUGAUCGGCGAGCCCAUCCAGUGUAUCAACGACAGGGGCGUCGACAAUCACGUCAUAAACACCUACUGCUGGAUCACCUCAACGUUCUCCCUGCCUCACGAACAGGGCAAACACAUCGGAACAGAGGCGGCUCAUCCCGGACUGGGCAACGACAACCAGGAACGGCAUUAUCACAGCUAUUAUCAGUGGGUGCCGUUCAUGUUGUUUUUCCAGGGUUGCCUGUUUUACGUACCGCACUGGAUCUGGAAGAACUGGGAGCAGGGAAAGGUCAGACUGAUUUCCGAAGGGAUGCGAGGCCUUUUGGUCGGCGCCAAGGAGGAACGAGAGCACAGACAAUCGCGUCUGGUGCAGUAUUUGAUUGAAACGAUGCACCUGCACAACACCUACGCCUUCGGUUACUUCUUGUGCGAGGCGUUGAAUUUUGUUAACGUCAUUUUGAACAUCUUCCUCACGGAUAAAUUCCUCGGUGGCACGUUUUUAAGCUACGGCACCGACGUCAUCAGCUUCUCCAACCAGAAUCAGGAAAAUCGAACUGACCCGAUGAUAAAUGUGUUCCCGAGGGUAACAAAAUGCACCUUCCACAAAUACGGUGCUGGUGGUUCCAUACAGAAGUUCGAUGCGCUCUGUGUUUUAGCCCUGAACAUUUUGAACGAGAAGAUCUACAUCUUUAUCUGGUUCUGGUUUAUACUUUUGGCGGUGCUUUCGGGUCUCGCCAUCGUUUAUUCCGCUGCUGUAAUUCUCCUGCCGAGCACCAGAGAAACGAUCUUAAGGAGGCGGUUCAGAUUCGGAGCACCCAAUGCUGUCGACACUAUCAUCAGAAAGACACAGGUUGGAGACUUCCUGCUUCUGCAUUUGCUUGGUCAGAACUUGAAUUUGGCAGUGUUUGGGGAGAUUUUAGAAGAACUGGUGAGACGAUUGAAUUUCGGCAGCAACAGCAAUCUACCUUCGGCGCCCAGUACGUUCGAGAUGAGUCCGAUUUAUCCGGAAAUCGAGAAGUACGGAAAAGAGACUGAGACUUAACGUUCCAUUCAUUUUAUUAACUUUUUCUUCGUGUAAAUGCGUUAGAUUAUUCGUACGAAUCUCAUCUGUGCGGACAGAUUUUAAUUUGUGAUUAUAUUUAAGAACAACGUUUGCUUUGAAAUAGUAUUAUUCAUUAUGUAGUUAUGAUAGUGUUUAAGCGUACAAUUUGUUUUUAUGUUUGGAUAUAAGUCAAGCCCAUUCCUAGGUAAUUAGUUGAGACUGUUUGAAAUUCCAAAUUCGAAAUAAGUGCCUUAUAUGAUGUAAUUUUUUGUCAGUUUUAAUUAUUGUGAUUUAUGCAAUAUAGAAAUAUUAGUAGGUUAGAUGUAAGAACGUAAUUUUAUUAAAAUUGAUUUUUACAUUGAA